AUGAUCGACUUGAUAAUCACAAACAAAGCCGAUUUGGUGGAAAAUAUUAAAACAGCAGACACUGGAAUAUCCGAUCACAAUCUAGUAUCCUUCUCUAUGGAUUUUAAGCCAAGAAAGGUGCCUCCCAGGAUAGUAACUAUAAGAAACUGCGAGAAAAUGGAGAUAGAAAAAUUCAAGUUUGAUCUACAAAAUGCUCCAUGGUCUACUUGUGAAAUGUUCGAAGAUGUCGAAGACAAGUGUUCAGUAUGGACAGAUAUAUUCAAAGACAUAUGUGAAGAACAUGCGCCAAAAAGAAAAGUUAAGCUUCGACGACAAACAUUGCCAUGGAUGAGCGGUGCAUUGAGACACAAAAUGAACAGGAGAUACAAGGCUUUGCAGAAAGCAAAGAAAGAAAGAAACAACGAAGGACUGUGGAAAGAAUACCGGAAGUUGAGGAAUGAGGUGACAGCAGAAUUAAGGAGAGCUAAAUCAACCUACUUUGCGGAGCUUGCAAAUUGUCCAAAAAUAAACACACGGAAGUAUUGGAAAAUUCUAAAUCAAGCCAGUGGGAAGGAAUCAAACAUGAAGACCAUUCGUGCGAUUAAGUCAGAUACUGGCGCAUUGGUCACAAAUGAUAGAGAGAUAGCAAAUAUAUUGAAUAAGCAUUUCGCAACUACAGGAGAAAAGUUAGCAGGUCUCUUAAACAGCCACUACGUGCCAACAGUAGAGCUCAUUGAUCGAAUAUCCCCAACCGUUAUGGAAAUUGAUAUACAGGAAGAGAAUGUAAAAGAGAACUUGUUAAGGCUCAAUACACAUAAAGCGACUGGCCCAGAUGACUUGCCACCGAUUUUGCUGAGAGCAGCUGCCGAAGAAAUCGCACCAUCAUUGACAGAUAUUUUCCAAACAAGUGCAAGGACUGCUACUCUACCCAGUUUGUGGAAGGUGGCAAGAAUAGCAGCAGCAGCACAUAAAAAAGAUGAUGAGAGAGACAGAGAUAAUUAUAGACCAUUAUCCAUGCUGUGCACUCCAAGCAAAUUAAUCGAGAAGGAAGUACACAAAAUCUUAGUUAACCAUAUUGAUAUCAAUCCUGGUUUACUAAAUCCAAAUCAGUGGGCAUACAGGAAAAAUAGUUCAACGGAAGCACUGUUGUUACAUAGGACAGAGAUAUGGAGGAAAGCAGUCGACAGCAAUAGAGUGGUGGGAGUUGUCUUCAUCGACUUUAAGAAGGCUUUUGACGCUGUCCCUCAUCACCAACUACUGCUAAAGUUACAGCGGGCAGGCAUCUCUGGAAAUUUGUUGUUGUGGAUCCGAAACUACCUCUGUAACCGACGCCAAUUCACUAAAAUAGGACUGUGCGAUUCUGAAAGAGAGGGUGUUGACUACGGGGUGCCACAAGGAUCAGUCCUGGGGCCCCUAUUAUUCGCACUCUUUUGCGAUGAUCUUCCGGACUGUGCACGGCACGAUGAUGAAGAAUUAGAAAUGUACGCUGAUGAUACGACCUUGACUAGUAUAGGCGAAACAGUUGACCAAGUGAUCCUCAAACUAAAUGAGACAUUAGGCCUUGUGAGUGAAUGGUGUUACAAAAACGGAAUGACGGUCCAUCCAGCCAAAACAGAAGCCAUGCUCAUUAAACGCGGAACUUUCGUAGGUCCUCUACCACCAGUACAGUUAAAUGGUAGUUUAGUGAAGUGGCGUAAAGAAGUCAAAAUCUCUAGGAGUGACUUUGGACAAUAA